UAAUCUCUAAUCUCUAACCAUUACUAUUUUGCAGGCUUUGGAAAGCACCACCCUUCAAACAAACCUUCCCAUGCCCUGUUGGGACUAAGGUGAGGCUGUCGACGUGCUGAAUCGAUGUCUGGCUACGACAAUGGACCGGAUGAGAGCUAACAAACUGAGGCUUAAUCCAGACAAGACUGAGAUGCUGCUGGUGGGUGGUUCUCCUGACCAGAUGGUGGAUGUUCGACCUGUUCUGGAUGGGGUUGCACUCCCCCUGAAUGCUCAGAUUCGUAGCUUGGGUGUUCUUUUAGAUCCAUCCCUGUCGCUAGAGGCUCAAAUAGCCUCGGUGGCACAGGGUGCUUUUUACCAACUUCGGCUGGUGGCCCAGCUACAUCCCUAUCUGGACAGAGAGAACCUCGCUUCAGUAGUUCAUGUGCUGGUAACCUCGAAAUUAGAUUACUGCAAUGCGCUCUACGUGGGGCUGCCUUUGAAGACGGUUCAGAAACUGCAGCUUGUGCAGAAUGCAGCAGCCAGAUUGUUAACAGGGACCAGACGGUCCGACCAUAUAACACCGAUUCUGGCCCGCUUGCAUUGGCUGCCUAUAUGUUUCUGGGCCCGGUUCAAAGUGCUGGUUUUAACCUACAAAGCCUUACACGGCACAGGACCACAAUACCUGUUGGAACGCCUCCCCCGAUAUGAAACCUCCUGUACACUACGCUCAACAUCGAAGACCCUCCUCCGAGUGCCUACUCAUAGGGAAGCUCGGAGGGCGGCAACACGAAAAAGGGCUUUUUCAGUGGCGGCCCCCGAAUUGUGGAACACCCUCCCAGAGGAGAUACCCUGGCGCCAACGUUACUAUCUUUUCGGCGCCAGGUUAAAACUUUCCUCUUCGCCCAGGCAUUUUAAUUAUUUUAACCAUGUUGUAUAUAUUGGAAGAACAAAGUGCUUCAGAGGUUUGGGAUAUGCUGGUCUAACUGGAUUAUAUUUGCUCAUUGCAAAGAAAACAGUUUAG